CCAGGGUAUGUGACGAAGAACACGUACGGGGUGGGAACCAACCCACGAAGCUAGUAGCGAUUCCUAGCAUAGAAGAGCUUUGGCUAGCAAUGUGACCACAUCAGAAUAAAAAAAGAGCCCUUCAGUGUUGCUGGUUAUGUUUUUUGCUAUAUAACUACACAUUGUUAUGAGUGGGUAGAGUAGACACGGCCGUCAAUCGGUUUUCAAAAUAUCAAACCAUCAUGGAUGCAGUUAACGCGUUCAACAUGGAGUUGUUCUCCAUGAUUGACAUGAAGCCUCCAAUAUCCCGUGCUAAGAUGAUGUCUGUCACAAAAUCAGCCAUCAAAGCUAUCAAGCUUUACAAACAUGUUGUCCAGAUUGUUGAAAAGUUCAUCAAGAAGUGCAAGCCAGAAUUGAAAGUUCCUGGUUUGUAUGUGGUCGAUUCCAUUGUUCGACAGUCACGGCAUCAGUUCGGUGUUGACAAGGAUGUGUUUGGGCCCAGAUUCUUGAAGAACUUCACAGAUACCUUUCAAAACCUUUACCGAUGUCCAGAGGAUGAGAAGAGCAAAAUUGUCCGCGUCCUGAACCUGUGGCAGAAGAAUGGUGUGUUCGACAUGGACAUCAUUCAGCCUCUGAUGGAUAUGGCCAAUGGAGCCAUUGUACCUGCCCCUACACAGGAAGUUCCCACUGACCCCCAGCCAGAGACACAUCCUGCUGUCGCUAGUGCCUCAGUUGUGCCUGUGCCCCAGCUACCCAGUCCUGAUGCCUUAGCUGCUGUGGCACAGUUGUUUCAGUCCCCCCAUGGUCAGGAGCUGCAGAGGAUGCUCCAGAACUUCCAGCAGGCAGACAAGACUCUGGCAGCCACCAUUGCAAACAACAUACCAAACCCACCCCAGAUGCCUGUGGCCCAGCUCAACCCAUACAGUGCACAUGCAGAAAAGAAAAGCUCUUUAGCUGAGAAACUUCUUGAUCGAUUUGACUAUGAUGAUGAACCUGAGGAUAUAUCAGCUAAAGAAGGCAGUGCCCAGUCACAUCAUGACAGAGGCAUUCCUGAAAAUGUGUUUAACCAGUUUCCUGGUCAGAUGCCCAACACAGAGAAUGUUCAUCCACAUAUGAUGGGACAGACUGGUGGUAUAGAGCAUGGUGGAGGAAUGAGUCAUGGUGAACAUCAUAUGAUGCCAGAUGAAUUCCGUUCCAUAAAUGAAGCUUAUUCACUAUCGCGGGGAAAUUCAAGAGAAGACUCAACUAUGAGGCAGGAGGGCAGACACAGAGGCUAUGGCAGGAGAUCAAGAUCCAGAUCUGGUUCCAGAUCUCCCAGGAGAAGAAGGUCAAGAUCUUCAUCCCGCUCAAGAAGGUCUAGGCAUCGACGCUCUAGUUCCCGCUCCAGAGAAUGCCGCUGGAGAUCUCGCUCUCAUUCUCAGGACAGGAAUGAAAGAGAGAAGGACAGAGAGCGCAGACAGAAAGGUCUUCCCAGCAUAAAGAGCCAGACUCUCAGUGUUUGCAGCACUACACUUUGGGUUGGACAACUAGACAAGAAAACUCAGCAGUCUGACGUGAUGUCCCUUUUGGAAGAGUUUGGCCAGAUUGAGUCCAUCAAUAUGAUUCCUCCAAGGGGUUGUGCUUAUAUUGUUAUGGUUCACAGACAAGAUGCCUAUACAGCCUUGAACAAACUCAGUAGGGGGGCAUACAAAGUCAAUCAGAAACCUGUUAAGAUUGCUUGGGCUUUGAACAAAGGCAUAAAAUCGGCACACAAAAAGUUCUGGGAUGUGGAGCGGGGAGUUACUUACAUCCCCUGGAGCAAAGUCAAAGUUGAGGAGUUGGAGAGCUAUCGGGAAGGGGGUAUACUGGAUGGAGAGACACUAAAUCCAGAUUGGAAUAAUGCCAAGGACCUCAAUAAGCAGGCAGCUGUAAAUGGAGCACUGGAAUGUGUACCAGCAGAUGGAACCAUCACUGCUCACAUUCAGGUGCCACUGGUUGAACAGGCAGCACCCAUCAGAAGUCCACCUGCUUUUCCUGGCCCCAUCAUGCUGUCACCUACAUCCAUGCCUCCAGGAGGAGGAGCACCUUUCAUCCCCACAGAGUUUGACCCUACAAAAUUGGCACCAGCAGGAAGUGUAAAACCUUCAGAGGAGUCCACCAAGGAUCCUAAAGGAGACAAAGGCACACCCUCAGAUGCGGGUACUAACAGCCAGCUGGGGUCUCCUGCAGCACCGGUGAUGUCAGGCCCAGGAGUCAUGCAGGGUCCCAGACCAGGUAUGCCACCUCUGCAGCCUCCUCCCAGCAUGUCAAAUCCUCAUCUACCUCCAUUCCUCUCACCUCCAAACAUGCCUCACAUGCCCCCACAAAUGAUGCCCGGAGGACCGAUGUUUGCACCAGAUAGGUUCAGAAUGCCUAUGCCCUAUCCUCCUGGUGGCCCUCCUUUCCAUCGACAUCCUUCUAUGGGACCAGAGGGCAUGGAUGGCAGAGAAGGGAGGCAUUUCCGAAAUGGGAGGCCAGGGUUUGGGUGUCCACCCUUUCACAGAGGGAGGUGGUAGAUGUCGGCUGAAUGAUGGACCUGAGGGGAGAGGAUGCUGAACCACCGUGCCAGAAACUAAUAAAUAUCAGGAUAUCUGGUUCAACAAGGACUGCUGUGAACAAUUGGGGGAGCAGAAACUUGUGUUAAGACUUUAUUUUACACCACCAGAACCUUUUCUUAGUGUCAAAUAAACAAUGAAACAAGGCACGGUGUUCUGAAUGUGGUCAAUGCUACUUAAAAUUCACUAGAGAAAAGACUGUUUGCUGUAAAUACUGUAUGUGCUUGUAACUGUUUGCUAGCUUUUUUGUAUAUUUGAAGUUGUGUAGUUUAUGCUUAAGUCUGUAAUCUUGGUAGUUGAAGGUUUAAAAAAAAGGCAAAGUCUGUAUUUUUGAGCUUAUUCCCUCACCAGAGUUUUUGUGUAUGGAAGAAGACUGUAAAAAUCUAUGUCAUACCUUUUUGGUAUUUUGUUUUUAGUAAAAUGCCUUUGUACCACACUGAUGUUUAAUUCUUUACCAGAGAAGCUGGAUUUCAUUUGAGGCAGAAGAGGUUUUCAUGUUCUGCCAGUAGAGGGUAGAGUGAACCCUGUUACCAUGGCCAACCUCUGUUGUACAUUAAGGUCACACCUUGUAGGAUCAUGUACAGUGAAUAAUAAAAAGAGAUACUACCAUUUGA